AUGGCGCUGACGCGCCUGCGGGGCGAACAGCUGGACGGCUGGCUGCAAAGAUCGGCCGAAGUCAGUGGCGAAAGUUCCCAAAGGCCCUGGACGGAUGCGCUGCGCGGUGGAUGCAUUCUGGCAAGGCGCUUGCUGCAGCAGCUGGGCCCAACGCUUCAGAAUUUGGUCCAGUGCCCGGUGGAAGGGUUCAUGCGGCACAUGUGUGACAUGCGCCUCUUGCGCCCGUUCAGUGCUCGUGUGUUGAAGACCUUUGUGCUCAAGUUGACACACGGCAGCGAGAGGGCGGGCGGAAAAGAGAUGCGGCAGGGCGGGCAGAGUGCAGUUGCAACUUGCAAUCCGAGGGAGCUCCCAACAAGUGACUAUUGA